AUGGGGGGACGGAGACUGCAGCAGGUCAUUGCACGGGCGUGCACGGGCCUCGUGCGGGGCGCAGCGGAGGCCAGUAGGGCAGGGGCAGGAACCAGCGCCGCAGCCGAGCCCCCAUGCGUCCGACGGUGGGUGUGUACCACCGCCCAGCUGCGCUCGCAGAACCCGUCGGAUCGGAGAGGUACCCGUGACAAGAAACACCGCCGCCAGGGCAAGCCCGAACCCAUCCACACGCCGACGGUCGACGAGCAGGAGGGCGCCGCAGAGGCGGACCCCCCCCAGGAGGCCUUUUUCCACCGCUUCGAGGACGACGACGCGUACGACGUGCCGCGCCCGGUGCUCUCCACGCGCCGCGUGUCCGCGAUGAGCGCCGAGGACAUCGGCACGUACUUCAAGGUCGACGCCGCGACCUUCCCCGAGGGCCUGGCGCGCGGCGUUCUGCAGGAGUUCCAGGCCACCGGCGACCUGGGCCCGCGCAAGGGCGCGGAAGAUGACAAGGAGUCCGGGCGGGCGCAGCACGGGCACGGACACGGACACGCGCCCGGGGGGCACCUGAUGCUGCGGAGCGUGACGCAGCGGGCGAUCGACAGGCUGAAGGGGGUGUCGAGCGGGGCGGGGGGGGUGUCUAUCUUCCUGGAUGGCAUGCAGGGGUCCGGGAAGAGCUGCGUGCUGGCGAGCUGCGUGCAGUGGGCGCGGGAGAAGGAGUGGAUCACGUGGAACGUGCCCGACGCGGCGGUGAUGACCGAGGGGGGGCGCUUCCACAAGCACGAGGGGAGUGGGCUGUUUGACACCCCCAACGCGGCGCAGGCGAUGAUGCAGGGCCUCCUGGACGCAAACGGCGACCUGCUGAAGGAGGUGAAGUGCGCCAAGGCGUCCGAGCACGGGCAUGGCACGCUGCACGACAUCGUACUGGCGGGUGCGAGCCUUACGGGCGAGGCGACGGGCGCAGUGGACCUGUGCUUGGCGGCGCUUGAUGAAAUAUCACACCAGGAUCAAAAGGAAGUUCUUAUUGCCAUCGACAACUACUCGGCACUCUACUUCCUCACGGGCUUCGGCGAGUGGACGUCCAUCAAGGCGCGGCGGCCGAUCGCGCCGCACGAGCUGCGCCUGGGCCAGGCGAUGCGGCUCCUCGAGGGCAAGCCGCCGAAGCGCGGCGCGGUCGUGGCGGCGACGCACAAGGGCGGGCGGGUCACGCCGAAGCUCAACAUCCCCCACCCGCAGCGCAGCCGCGUCGAGGUGCCGCGCAUGUCGCGCGACGAGGCCGUCAGCGCGCUGUUCCGGUACCUGCAGUCGGGAGCAAUAGACCCCCCCCAGCAGCCCAGCGCUGGCGAGCUCGACCUCAUGAACGCGCUCACGUGCGGGAACUGGGCCGAAUUCCGCUUCCACGUCCCCGCGUGGCGGCUCUGGGCCAGCCGCGUCGGGCCCGAGGGCGAGGUCGUCGCGUUCGACCACCGCGGCCGCUCGCUGUGA